AUGUCUAAAAACGGCGGCGUGUCACUGCCACUACGGCUGUUGCUGCUGUCGUCGGCCUUGGCGACGGUGGCCGUAGCCCAGUCGAACUACGAUCAGGUCGAAAACAGCAUCGAUUUCCCGAGUCCAGACAGGGGCCUGCCCGAGUCCACGGUGCUGGACGGCAAGGUCACCAAGCUGGACGAAUUGUCGCCUGUGAUAUUUUUGAACAGGACUAAAGCGGCGCUAAACUGUGCCGCCGGAUUUAUGCAGAUUGAACUCAAGUUCGAAGAACCGUUCUACGGUAGGGCUUACGCGGACUUCGACCGGAGCAGCGCUUGCAUGGUGACUGGCAAAGGUAACAACUCGGCCAGGAUUGACUUACCGCUAAAAGGAUGCGGUACAAGACAAGAUCCACAAAGAGUUUUCACCAACAACAUCGUAGUCAGGUUCCACCCCUUCCUAGAAAUGGACGGUGACGAAGUAGUAACUAUAGUGUGCAGGUAUCCACCACCCAUUGCUCCACCACCGGCUGGUAUUCCUAACAAAAUCAUCGAUUUACCGUCAACUCCACUGGAACCACCACUGAAGGGUUUCCAAAUCCUGCUGAUCGUUUGCGGCAUAUUGUUCCUAUCACUGGUCUUGCUGGGUCUUGGUUGUUCGUACUACUGCCUGCGCAACCAGCAAGUGCAGGUGGUUCGCCGGCACCCACUGUCGUCUGUCGGGUCUGAUAAACUGUCCGACUCAAGCCUGUCCAUGUUCGAUGGGCUGAAGAUACCGCGGGCUCGAGCUCCGACCCUGGACAGCUCUUCUGGUUCGGAAAUGGCUCUGGUAAGCGCUGGUGACACGCUUCCCAGUGACUAUCCGUCCGAAUCACCCAGUUCCGGGCACUCGGAAGCGGAAGAUGUGGACGGUCGCAGUUUGAGACGGUCGCCGAGUUCCGGUGGAUCGUACGAGAAUCGGGCGUUUCAGCAAGAAUACUAUGGGGAACGGUAUCAACACUUGCCGGCGCCGACCAUCACGCCACCGCCACCACCAGUUCAACCGAAGUUCGACGUUCAGCUCCGGGUGAAACGGGCCCCACCACCCACGCCCAGCCCUACGCCACCACCGUCUGAGUCUGAGGCGAGCGUUGCGGCGUUGGAACGGAACCUGACCACCAUCCUUGAAAAGGACGAGACGAUGUCAACAACCACGACGACGGCAGCAGCCGAGGAACGGUAUCGGCCAGUGUACUCGACGGUGGUGCGCAAGGACAGAGACGAAACCGAAUGGUAUAGGACGGAGGAGAACGUGAUGGCUACCAAUGAUGAUAUAAGAAGGUCACCGCCGCCACCCCCGCCACAGAUGCAACUGCAUCCAAUGGACAACAACCAUCGGUAUGCCACCACGUCCAAGUACACGACCGAGAUGCAAGUGGACGUGGUCGAACCACCUGUGGUACCGACCAAACGUCCAGAAAUCACGUCACAUACAGUUGAUGACGUGUUCCUGAAGACGAUCACCGAGAAGAAAACAAUCGAGGAUAUCGAACGGCAUCGCCGAGAGGUGGUCGAGUACAAGCCGCGGCCAGUUCCACCGCCGGCCAGCUGGGACGUGACCAUCAAGAACUACCCGAACCCAGACGCUUUGUACCCGCAGUCGGGUGAAGACACGGCAACGGAUUGGGAUAGUUACUCCGAGGCGUCAUCGGUGACCGGUUAUCCGCCGGCUGGUGUCGAUCGCCAGUCCAGGAUUCAGUCGUACAAUAGCAACGUGAUGUCAUCAGCGGCCACUUCUGAGGAGAAUCACAUCAGGUACCUGAGCACCAUGGACGUGCCAGUGCCCAGGCCGGACAAUUGGGAAUCUUUGGUCCGAGUUCUGGAACCGGAACCAGAGCUGGAACCCAACGCCCGGUACAGAGUCGAGCAAACACUGACGCUGGACGACAAACGUAAAUGGCGGCAAAUUAUCACCACUGAGUCGACGCUCCGGCAGCUCAUCACUGAGGCCACCGUUCGGGAGGACUUCGAGCGCAUCCGCAGUGAUCCCAAGUACGAGAGGAUAUUCGAACCGGAAAAAUGGGACGUUAUCAUACGCGUGAUCGCACCGCCACAGCACUAUGACCAGAAAGCCUCUGGGUCAUCCAACAGGUACACCAAGAAGAAGAACGAGUUUGAAGGCGCCAGAACCAGAAGGAACUCACUGCCCACCGUCUACGAAUACGAUUCUGACGGUGGAUCUAGCGUGAGGACGUUGACUGCGGUCGACGACCAUGGCCCAAUGGGACCAGCCCGAUCUAGGAGAACGUCCAGGUCGAGCUUCAAAUCCGACAUGGAUGUCAGGUCGAUGAGCGAGAUGAUGGUGGACUUCCGGCGACCGGAAAUGCCGGACAACUACAGUGACGUGAGCUCGGCGUACAACUACAACUACCAGCAGAACCAGCACCAGUACCAGUACCGCCGGGGCGGUUCGUCUUAUUACGCGGACGACGACGGCGGCAGUCUUGUCCGGUCACUCAGCCAACCAUCGCUGGCCCGGUCCGCUUCCGAGUUCACCGAGAACAACUGGGGACUCCGGAUGCGGUCGUACGAGGACGGAGAUGACCUGAGCAGCCCAGAUCACACACCCAGGUCUUCGUUCAGGUCGACUCGCGGUCCACGUAAUCAGCCACAGCAACUUCCGCAGGAUCAGCACCAGCAACAGCAGUCGUAUUCCGCCGAGACGGAGUUCGACGGAUCUCGAGCCACCACAACGAGCACUCACGCCACUACGACUGGCCGGAGGAGGAUGUUCGGCGGUCGCACAGUGUCUGCGGCAGAGUGGUUCCACGACUCGGACGAAAACGACGCCACUUACAGAUGA